UCAUUGCGCUAAGUCUGACAGUAUCGACAUCGGCGUCCUACUCACUAUGUACUAUAUCCAAUAUGGCAAUCUGAGACUUAGCAUCGUCGCUCUUCUUGUCAUAUUUGCACCUCGGUUCGCAGUUAGAGCGCGAGGAUAUCAAGCCUCAGAUAUUAGUGUCUUCUACGGCCACAGCGGCGACGUAUUAGACAAAUGUCGAGUGUCAAACCGCAAACUAAGACGCGCAUCGCGACAAGCGACGUUCGUGACUUGAUGGUUGCGAACUUGCGAUACCGGACACAGACCACCUCACUGAGAUCCAAUCCCACUAUUAAUAUCCCAGCCUCCAGGGACAUCUACUAUCAAGUAGCGGUGACCACUCAUCGGUCCGCUCGGGAGCCUCGUGAAUGGAUGAGGAUGAGGGUCGUUCACUCGUCCUGGCUUUUUCCUCUUCAGUCUUCGCUCUUCAAUCUUCACGAGCGCCACCAGGCCAGUCAACAAAGAUUGGGGACGAUGUCCAGCAUUAUGAAUAAUGUCGCUCGGUUUCAAACUUUCGCUCCAUCAUUGGCGCAUGUCACUCGACGUUCACGGUUCGAUCCGCCUUGCCUCUUAUUUUCCGAUCUGCAGGAGAGUGGAGGUUCAAAAAUGAGGGAGCGAAGGAUCAAGGAAUCCAAGAUGAGAUGAGAAAGCACAGAGGCUGUGGAGCCCUACCGAGUCGCUUAAAAGCGGAAGUACUCGGUCAUGGUCUGCAUUUAGUAGUAAUAGACUAAUAGUGUAGUCUGGACUUCUAUCUGAGGAAGA